AUGGCCCAGGUGAGAAGCGCGCCCCCCAGCCGCGCAACAGACUCCCUCCAGGUCGACCCCCAGGUGGAUCCGGUGUCCUGCCCAGGCCCCCUUGCCACAGGUCAGGAUGCUAACACAAGCCCAUCCACCAUGCCAAAUUCAGUGAUAGCACCACAUAUUCCAGAAUGCCCUACACCUUCUCAAAAUCAGUCCACAGCUGUGGAGGAAGAAACCCCAUCACAAGAACAUUCAGUAUGUCAUCAAUCCUUGGUGAAUGGAACAGCACCUUCCAAGGCAAAAACAGAGGGAGACUUUUCUAUAGCUGCAGAAGCUGUGACAUGCCAGCCCCAGAGCCGAAUAACUGUUCAGACCCAUCCAACUACAGCUUAUACCCCUCUUCUUCAAAAUGGUGCUGGGCAUGUGCCUGACCUUAGCAGAUCUAACGGCGAGGCUGGGAACGGUGUCCUGUGUUCUGAACUCAGCUCAUUGUCAAGCUCCCAGAAGCCUCAUCGGAAGCUCCAGUCACAUCACUCCAUCAACAGCCAGAUCAGUAAAAAGAGCAAAGGCAGCUCCAAAUCUGCAUCAUCUCAGAUUCCCACUGAAGCACAGGAAGAUUGCUGUGUCCACUGCAUCCUCUCCUGCCUCUUCUGUGAGUUCCUGACCCUCUGCAACAUCAUGCUGGACUGUGCCACUUGCGGCUCAUGCAGCUCCGAAGAUUCUUGCAUUUGCUGCUGCUGCGGCUCUGGGGAAUGUGCUGACUGUGACCUGCCCUGUGACAUGGACUGUGGCAUCAUUGAUGCAUGCUGCGAGUCAGCAGACUGCCUGGAGAUCUGCAUGGAGUGCUGUGGUCUGUGCUUUUCUUCCUGAAACUUGGACCCAGAUCUCAUUCCCUGGAUAGGCUCUGAGGAGGAGACCCUAAAUGAACAACUUGGCAGAGAUCUCCAUUGUCCUCAGAUAUCAAAUAAUGAAGAAUCAAAGACAAUAAGGUUUGAAAAAGGAAAUGAGUCCACAGGAGGUGACACCUUUUGAGUCUGUUGGAACCAGUUUUAUGUGCAAAACUGCUUGGGAAACUGGCAGCUCUCUUCCAAAGCUAUCACAAAAAAUCUGUAGGAUUCUUGAAGGACUAAGGGAAAGGAGGGGGAAUGUGCUCUGUCUCUCUCCCCACCCCCCAGCCCUUCUUCCAGACUCCUCCUAAUGGAAGCUGGGGAAGAGCAGUGUUCCUGCUGCCUGAGCCAAGAGCAGGAGCAGAAGAGGUGCACAGCUGCCAACCUUGGUGUUUGGCAGGGACCUGAAGCAGCCAGAGAUCUCAGGCACUCUUAGCUAGGUGUGUCUGGUGGGUGUGCUGGUUAUCUGUGCCAGCUGCUGGCCUGUGGGCCCUGCUGCUAGCUGCCUGUUGGAAUUCUUUUUCUAGUGCUGGUGCUUAUUGUUUGGCAAAAGUGCCUCGGGUGUAAUGGUGCCAAGUAGUUGGCAGUCUUGCUGUUUCCAGGCUGGCUACUGUACAUCUCAGGCGCCCAAGGAAAUGGCAGGCUGCCUAGUGUACCAAGAAAAAAAACUAUUUUCACGCAUCUGCACUUGGCCUAUCCCUGAAGCUGUAGCUAUGGCUGGACUCUGCAAAUGGCAUGAUGAAGGGAAGCUGGAGCCUCUGAGUAGUCUCUAAUGCAGUGAGAAGUGGGCUUCUGUACACUUCCUCUUCAUUUGUUAGCAACUGAAUGCUGACUGGUUCUGUGAGCUCUUCGAUAGAAACCUAUUCUGCCUUCUCCCUCCCCACACCCCAUUCCCUGCCCAUUGGUGUGGAGACUUGGUAGUCCUGUGUGACCAGAACUCAUGGCUUGCUACCGCCCAUAUUCUCAUUCCAUGCCUCUUCGCCAUCUCUGGUUGACAGACACUUUAAAGAGGCUUCUUUAUAAACUGGAACAAUAUAUAGUUGCAAAAAGUUGUUUUUGUUCCUUUUCCCAUAGUAAACAAACACUAGACAAAGGCACAGACUUGUUGGUAUGCUGUAAAAGGAAUAUUAGUCACUAACAUAAUAGCCCCCUGAAUGAGCCCUCAAAUUGGUAGUACACCUUGGGCCCACAGGGUGGGGUCCUUACUGACUUCCAAAUUCCUUUUAGUUUGGGAUGGGUUUAUGUUUUAUCUAUUUGUUACUGUAAAUAAUAAAAAAACAUUUUUCACUUC